UAGCGCGCGUGCACACACACACACAUUUAUUAAUUUUAGCUUAUUUCUGGGGUUUUUUGGAGAAGCAUUUGACGGAUUUUAAAAUUCAGAGUUGGCAACACUGAUUGGCAGUGGAUAUCGUAACGUAGCCUAAAACCAAAGUUUCCGAACUGAUUUUGGAAUAAGUUUUAUCUCAUUCUUUAAUCAAAGUUAAUAUAAAAGUUUUUAUAUUAUAUUUAUUUUUUCUCCAGGUUUUGUUUCAAUUUGGUUUAACUGAGUUGCUUGUAUAAAGUGGAUGUACACUCAACAAUGAACGUUGAUACUACAUUAUAUACAUUACCCAACAGUCAACCUGUUGUUGCAUUACAAUGCGAAGAUGUGUUUAAAACUUUAACACGAAAGGAGAAGCUAUACGCCCAUUAUUUAAGUCAAGCUGCAUGGAGUGGAGGAUUGAUAGUAUUAAUACAGACGUCACCAGAAUCACCAUUAAUAUUUGCAUUGUUAUACAAAAUUUAUCUUGUAGAACCUAUUGACAAAUUGAAAGAUGCUGCAAUACAUGCUAAUGUUACUGAAGAUGAGUUCACUGCUUUCUUAGUAUAUAGUAGUGGAGUAUUUGCAAAUGCAGGAAAUUACAAAGCUAUGGGUGACACUAAAAUUAUUCCAAACCUUUCAAAAAAUACAUUUGAAGUAAUAGUAAAAACUUCAAAAGCUUAUAAGGAUAAUCCUACGGAAAUACAAAAUAUAUGGAAUAGCAUAUCAAACAUUCUUUAUUCGUUAGAUGGAAAACUGAAAUCAUUAGGAUUGGGUGAUAAAGGAGUUACAACUUAUUUCUCUGCUAAUUGUAAUAAGAAGGAUGCAGAUAAAGUCAAUGCAUUUAUGCAGCAUAAAGGAUUAGAAUCUUAUAACACCAGAUGUUUCAAAACAACUGUUUAUGAUCAUGAAAAGAAUAAUAACAUCGAUAUAUAUGAAAUACGACUGGCAUCCGCAGAAACGUCAAAUAAUCCUAACAUUACUCUAUUCGACGAAAUAUAUGAGAAUUCUAGAUUUAAGAUCACUAGAGGUGAUUACGAUAAACUUAUGACAAUCGUGGUUGAAAAUCUAAAAAAGGCCAAGGAAUACGCGUCUAACCAAGUUGAGAAAGAUAUGUUGGAGAAAUAUAUCAAUCAUUUUAAAACAGGAUGUUUAGACGAUCAUAAGGAUGGUUCUCGUCUUUGGAUAAAAGAUAAAGGACCAACUAUCGAAACUUAUAUUGGUUUUAUUGAGACGUAUAGAGAUCCGGCAGGUCAGAGAGGAGAAUUCGAAGGUUUUGUAGCAAUGGUGAACAAAAAAAUGUCUGCAAAAUUUGCUAUACUGGUCAACAAAGCUGAAGAAUUGAUUCCCAAGCUUCCAUGGAAUAGCGAUUUUGAAAAAGAUUCGUACCUUAGACCAGAUUUUACCUCUUUGGAUGUUUUAAUGUUUGCUGGUUCUUGUAUUCCAUCGGGAAUAAAUAUUCCAAAUUAUGACGAAAUUAGACAGAAUGAGGGUUUUAAAAACGUAUCUCUAGGAAAUGUUAUACCUGCACAUAUGAAAGAUUCAAUACCGUUUCUUUCCGAAAAUGAUCAGACUUUGAUGCAUAAAUACAGAAUAGACAGUUUUGAAGUACAAGUUGGUUUACAUGAACUUCUCGGUCAUGGUACUGGUAAAUAUUUUAGGCAAAUGGGACCAGACACCUUCAAUUUUGAUCGCAAUAAAGUGAUAAAUCCUUUAAAUGGAAGUAGGAUAGAUAAAUUUUUCCAGAAAGGAGAAACUUACGAUUCAAAAUUUGGCGCUAUGGGAUCCUCGUAUGAAGAAUGCAGGGCUGAAGCAGUCGGUCUUUAUUUAAGCUUGGAGAAAGACGUAUUAAAAAUAUUUGGUCAUCAAGAAUCAACAGCAGACGAUAUAAUAUACGUGAACUGGUUAUCUCUAUUAUGGAGUGGUUUUGCGAAAGCUCUUGAAAUGUACCAGCCUGCUACAAAAACAUGGUCGCAAGCUCAUGCUCAAGCGCGUUACGUUCUACUUAGUGUAUGCCUGGAGGCUAGUGAAAAUUUUGUCAACAUUAUUGAAACUGAAGAAGGAACGAAUCUUCAAAUGACUAUUGACCGAACAAAAAUUUCUACGGUCGGUAAAACAGCUAUCGGUAACUUCCUCGUGAAAUUACAGGUUUAUAAGAGUAUGGGAGAUGUCGAGUCAGCCAAGGAUAUGUAUGAUAGAUAUAGUGAAGUACCCGAAAACGGGGUACAUCCAUGGGGCCGUUGGAGAGAUAUAAUCUUGUUACAUAAAGAACCAAGAAAAAUAUUUGUUCAACCUAAUACGUUUAUUGAUGAUUUCGAUUCGAACCAUGUGAUACUAAGGAAUUACGAAUCAUCGUUCGCAGGACUUAUUCAAUCAUGGGUAGAGAGAUUUUCUAAUUUCGACGUAUCUCAAAUACUAUUAGAAUUUUGGAAUAAAGACAAAUAUCAUUUUACACUAACGAAUAAUUGAUCAAAAUUUUUGAGUCCAGUUGUGAGUCAAGUAGUUAAAACGUUAAAAGUUCUAUAUAAACCAAAGUUUAUAAAGUUUAUAAAGUUACCAUAUAAAGUUCUGUAUAA